CUAUAUCAAUGCGUAGACAAAUAUAUUCUACGCGUAGAAAAAUAAAUUCUACGCAUAGAUUUUUCCACGCGUAGAAUAUAGUCUACGUCUACGUUCUACGCAUUCUGUUAUUUUUGACGGCUUCCCUUAACUAUUACAUCAAUAGCAAAACCAGGUAAUUUAAAAAUGUUUUCUCUAACAAGGUAUACAAAUCUUCUUUAAAUAGAUCAUGGUGAAGACGAACAUUUAAACGAAGAAAUGGAAGCACAGCUACCAGAUGAUGAUUAUGAUGAAACGCUUGAUUAUGAACUAGCUGAAACCUUAUUGACUUUAUGUGGAAAAGAUUGUACAACAUGCGUCCGAGCUUUAGUUAAAGCAAUUGUUCCUGGUGAAGAACUCCAUUUGUACAAUUAUGAAAAAUUUUCAGAAGAAAUUAAAAAGGGUUUAUUGAGUAAGUGA